AUGUGUGGGAUUCUUGCUGUUCUAGGCUGCGUCGAUAACUCCCAAGCAAAACGUUCCCGUAUCAUCGAACUCUCUCGCAGAUUGAGGCAUAGAGGUCCUGACUGGAGCGGGCUCCAUUGUUACGAGAACUGUUAUUUGGCUCAUGAGCGUUUAGCCAUCGUUGACCCCACUUCUGGAGACCAACCCCUCUACAACGAAGACAAGACCAUCGUUGUCACGGUUAAUGGAGAGAUAUACAACCACAAGGAUUUGCGUGAAAACCUCAAGUCUCACAAAUUCCGUACAGGGAGUGAUUGUGAAGUGAUUGCUCAUCUUUACGAAGAACAUGGAGAGGAAUUCGUCAACAUGUUGGAUGGCAUGUUCGCAUUUGUCCUUCUUGACACUCGGGACAAAAGUUUCAUUGCUGCUAGGGAUGCCAUUGGCAUCGUUCCACUCUACAUCGGGUGGGGUCUCGAUGGUUCUGUCUGGUUUGCUUCUGAGAUGAAAGCACUUAGUGAUGACUGUGAACAGUUUAUGGCUUUCCCUCCAGGCCACAUCUACUCGAGUAAACAAGGUGGGCUUAGGAGGUGGUACAACCCCACGUGGUUCUCUGAGCUGGUUCCUUCAACCCCAUAUGAUCCCUUAGCAAUACGCCAUAGUUUCGAGAAGGCUGUGAUAAAGAGACUAAUGACCGAUGUGCCUUUUGGUGUCCUUCUCUCUGGAGGAUUAGACUCAUCCCUUGUUGCUGCAGUGACUUUACGCCAUUUGGACAAAUCAGAAGCUGCUCGUCAGUGGGGCUCAAAGUUGCACACUUUCUGUAUUGGUUUGAAGGGAUCACCGGAUCUUAAAGCUGGUAAAGAAGUCGCUGACUAUCUAGGAACUCGCCACCACGAGUUACACUUUACAGUUCAAGAAGGGAUUGAUGCAAUAGAAGAAGUUAUAUAUCAUGUAGAGACCUAUGACGUGACAACCAUAAGAGCCAGCACUCCGAUGUUUCUCAUGUCGAGAAAGAUAAAAUCGCUUGGUGUGAAGAUGGUUCUCUCUGGGGAAGGAUCUGAUGAAAUUUUUGGAGGGUACUUGUACUUCCAUAAAGCACCAAACAAGAAGGAGUUUCACGAGGAAACAUGCCGAAAGAUCAAAGCUCUUCAUCAAUACGAUUGCUUGAGGGCUAACAAAUCAACAUCUGCAUGGGGUGUUGAGGCUCGUGUACCGUUCCUCGAUAAAGAGUUUAUCGAUGUUGCCAUGAGCAUUGAUCCAGAGUGGAAGAUGAUCAGGCCUGAUCUCGGAAGGAUCGAGAAAUGGGUGUUGCGCAAUGCCUUUGAUGAUGAGAAGAAUCCUUAUCUACCAAAGCACAUUCUAUACAGGCAGAAAGAACAGUUCAGUGAUGGAGUAGGAUACAGCUGGAUUGAUGGUCUGAAAGAUCAUGCAAACAAACAUGUCUCUGACACAAUGCUGGUGAACGCAAGCUUUGUCUUCCCCGUGAACACACCUGUGACAAAGGAAGCUUACUACUACAGAACAAUCUUUGAGAAGCACUUCCCUAAGAGCGCUGCUAGAGACACUGUACCAGGAGGUCCAAGUGUGGCGUGUAGUACAGCAAAAGCUGUAGAAUGGGACGCAGCUUGGUCACAGAAUCUUGAUCCGUCAGGUCGUGCGGCUCUUGGAGUUCAUGUGGCAGCUUAUGAGGAAGAUAAAACCGAAGAUCCUCGUCCUGAGAAGCUACAGAAACUAGCAGAGAACACCGAAGCUACUGUUUGA